UUUGUGAGACAGUGGGACACAUAUGUCCCACCUGUGAGAAGUGGUUCAGUCGAGUCUCUUCGGGAUCGUGGGACACUGGCGUCCCAUUUUUUCCUCUAGCGCCACCUAUGAAUGUCAAAUGAAACUUUUCCUUAGUUCUCUUUUCUUUCACGAGAGGGCCGAAGGUUGAAAACAUGUGCUUGCUUUGGCCAUCGGUUUUCGAAGCACGGAUCCGCAGGGGCUCAUUUUUCAGAAGACACUACUUGGUCCCAAAAUGUCAAGUAAGUUGCCCUGAAAAAGAAAACUCACUGACGAGGAGGCUUUAGAACUGUUCUUUAGCCUUCCGGACGACUCGGCGAGUGACGCGUCCGGCGACUCGGAUGACGAUUUUCAAAUGCCCUCAACAUCAGCUUUGGCUCCAGCAGAGUCAUCAGAGAGCGAUGAUACGAACGAACAAGCACCGAAGAGGCCAAAAAAGACGUACAAGCGAAAAAGACGUAGCAAGAAGACGCCUGUCCAGCCUGAAGCAGAUGCUAGUCAGAACGGCGAAGUGAAUGGGAUACCAUCACCGUCCAUGGACUGGAUAGCUGGAAAACCUCAAGACAUUCCUGAAAAGGUCACUGAAAAACCUCCAACAUGCUCUCCUAACCUAAGCGCAGAUAGCAGUGCAUUUGACGCGUUUACUCUUUAUUUUGAUGAAGAAGUCUGGACAAUCAUUGUCACAGAGACAAACCGGUACGCUGAUCAGGUAGGAAAAGCGAACUGGGAGCCACUCUCAGUGAGUGAGCUCAAAGCCUACAUAGGCAUGCUCAUUCUUAUGAGUAUUCAUCCCUUGCCCCAAGUCUACCUGUACUGGAGCUCAGAUCAGCUCUUCAAUGUGAAGGAAAUCUCUCGAGUGAUGACCUUCAAGCGGUAUCAACAAAUCACAAGCUGUUUACACCUGAAUGACAACACGCAGCAACCAGAGCGGACCUCGCCAGGAUAUGACAGGUGCUAUAAAGUGCGACCUCUUAUCGAAGCCCUCAACAAGAAUUUCCGAAAAGAAUACAGCCCGUCCUCUCAUGUCGCGGUUGAUGAGUCGAUGAUUCUUUUCAAGGGUCGAUCGGCAAUGAAACAAUACAUGCCGAUGAAACCGAAAAUCAAGCGGGGGUACAAAGUCUGGAGCCUCGCCGACAGUGAGACUGGUUAUCUCUGCCGAUUCGAAGUAUAUCAAGGACGCAACGGAGAAAGGCCCACUGAUCAGACUCUUGGGGAACACGUCGUCCUUUCGCUGACGGAGGAUAUAGUGGAGGAAGGAUCCCAAGUUUUUUUUGACAAUUUUUUUUCUUCAACCAAACUGCUCCUGCAAAUUCGAGAACGAGGAGUGUUUGCCUGUGGCACAUUCAGGACCAACAAACGAGACCUGCCCCCAGAAGUCAAAAUUGACAACAAGCUUUCUCGUGGAGAGUACCUCUACCGAUCAAAAGGGCCAGUGUCGGCUUACCAAUGGCGAGACACAAAAAAUGUUCACAUGAUGUCGAAUUUUCAUGACCCUGAAGAGCAAGCUUCGAUGGAAAGGAAGCUUCCCUGCGGAAAAAAAGUUCAAGUUACAUGCCCGAUGUCCGUCAAGGACUACAACCGCUGGAUGGGGGGCGUAGACUGUUUCGACCAAAAGCGCAAUGCCUAUCCGGUUGAUCGACGGUCCAAGAAGUGGUGGCAUCGUAUUUUUUACUUUCUUGUCGAUGCAGCAAUCGUCAAUGCCUUUGUGCAACACAAGGCAUAUCACAGUGACGACGAUGUGGCUUUGCUUCACUUCAAGGUGCUUCUCGGGCGACAACUGAUCAAGAGACAUACUUUUCGCACUGCUAGAAAGUCGCAAGUGCAUUUCCAGAGAAAACAGGGACGCCGCCGUGGGUCUCUGAUUACUGGAGUGCCGAGCGAAAUUCGUCUUGAAGGAAGAGACCACUUUCCCCAAGAGAAUGCAAAGAGGAGAAGGUGUCGGUGGUGCUCUACGAAGAGCAAGGAAGCCCGCACAAGAUAUGUGUGCAGCAGCUGCGACGUUCCUUUGUGUGUUGGGUGCUUCUCCUCCUUUCACUUGCCCAAGUGAACGCAAAUAGAGGGCACUCGUUAUUUUUUGUCAAUGUCCCUCAUGGGCAAUGGGACAUAGGCUGUCCCACUUUUGUUUGUGGUGCUCAGAGGGUAGUGGGACAUAUGUUGUCCCACCAACUGUGCCUCCAAAUUUUG